AUGGACAAACCGGAUGAAACCGUGCAGUCGGCCAGGUCGACUCCCUCAGAGGGCACCUCCGCUGCUCGACCGCUGAUGAAGAGUCCGAACGGAGAUGCGCGGGAGGCUGUGGAAGUGGACGACGCCACGCCGAAGCAGAGCUACUUUGCCUACUUCCGCACCAAGCAGUUCUACAUCGUCUUGUUCCUAGGGCAAAUACUCGCACUCUGCAUCACGGCCACAAACACCUUCUCCGGCCUCCUCUCCGCCGCAGGAACCUCCAUUCCGUCCUUCCAGACCUUGUUCAAUUACAUCCUGCUCGCGAUUGUAUACACGUCUUUCACCCUAUACCGCUACGGCCUCAAACGAUGGACCGAAACCGUCUACCGCGAAGGGUGGAAGUACCUCAUAUUCGCCUUCUGUGACGUGCAGGGCAACUACUUCAUUGUCCUCGCAUACCGCUACACCACCAUUCUCAGCGCCCAGCUCAUCAACUUCUGGGCCAUUAUUAUUGUCGUGCUCAUCUCCUUCACCUUGCUGCGUGUUAGAUACCAUUGGGCCCAGUAUGCUGGUAUUCUCAUCUGUAUUGGCGGGAUGGGCGUGCUCUUUGGCUCGGACCAUAUCACGGGCGUUAACAGCGGUGGGCCCUCAAAAUCUCGCUCGGAUCUGAUCAAGGGUGACCUCUUUGCCCUGCUGGGUGCGACCUUCUACGGCCUCACGAACGUGGCAGAGGAAUACCUUGUUAGCAAACGGCCGAUGUACGAAGUGCUGGGUCAACUGGGCCUAUACGCAACGGUCAUCAUGGGUGUGCAGGCGGCAAUCUUCGACCGAGCCUCGUUCCAGAGUGCGGUUUGGAACGGUGCAGUGGCUGGCUACCUCGUCGGAUACACGCUGUGCUUGUUCCUGUUCUACAGUCUGGCACCUCUACUCUUCCGUCUCGCGAGCGCGGCCUUCUUCAACAUCUCGCUCCUCACGAGUAACUUCUGGGGAGUGGUGAUUGGUAUCAAGGUCUUUGGACUGCGCAUCCACUUCCUGUACCCAAUCGCCUUUGUGCUUAUCAUCAUCGGCCAGUUCGUGUACUAUCUCGGCCGGCAGGUAUUGGGUGAAGCUAUGAAGCCCUGGCUGGGUCAGGACCAGGAGCGUGGAGUCGUUGGUAUCGGCACUGCUAGAAGAAGAGAAGACGGCACCGAAGAGCCUGCUAGCAACAACGUCUAG